AUGGAGGAGGUGCCCGAGCCCCUGGCCAUGACCGUCCACCUGCUUGCCAGCGCCGGGCACGGUGCGCUCCUGCAGCAGACGCUGGACCAGCUCCUGCGCUGCAUCUGCCCACAGGUCCGGCCCUUCCUGGUGUCCGAGAGGGUCAGUCCCGCGAGGUACUACGACAGGGGCCACUCCCGGCGCUCCCGGUUCCCGGGGGUGUCCGUUCUGCUCUUCCUGCAGGAAAGCCUGGGCGAGGAGCGGCUGCUGCACGUCCUCGACUCCCUUCAGCGCUGGCCUUGGCAGUGCUACCCCGCCCGGCAGGCCCCGGCCAGGCCGUGCCCUUACAUACUUGCCAACCAGGAAUUCUACAGUCUGGACAGCCAGAUGCCCGUCUGGGGGGUGAGGCAGGUGCACUGUGGCUCGGAGAUCCUGAGGGUGACGCUCUACUGCAGCUUCGACAACUACGAGGACGCCAUCAGGCUCUACGAGAUGAUCCUGCAGAGAGAAGCCACCUUGCAAAAGAGCAGCGUCUGCUUCUUUGUGCUCUACGCCACCGAGGGCUUUGCUCUGCAGCUCUCCCUGAAGCAGCUGCCCCUCGGGGUGUCGGUGGACCCCAAGGAGUCCUCGGUGCUGCAGUUCAGAGUUCAAGAGAUCGGCCAGUUGGUUCCUCUGCUGCCCCAUCCGUGUGUCCCCAUCAGCCACACCAGGUGGCAGACGCAGGACUAUGAUGGCAACAAGAUUCUGCUUCAGGUCCAGCUGAGUCCCGGACUUGGUGUUAGGAAUGGUGAACUUUCCUAUAUGAAUGGAACUUCAGGAGCUGAGGUGCUACCUCACGGCUCCAGGCUGAACCCUGUCUCAGCAGCAAGGACCCUCGAGCCCAGAAGCCGAAGAAGCCGGGGCAGGAGGUUCAAGGUUAGUUCUGUAGAGCUCCCUGAGCCCAGGGGGCACCCAGCAUCAGCCGGCUCUAAGAACACGUCAUGGAGAAGUCCUGGCUGCGCACCCCAUGCCUUCACCCAGAUGCAUCUGCCUUCUCACCACCUGGAAAGUGGAGUCAAAACGAAGGUCCUCCACAGGGAGAACAGCUUCGAGAGGCUGGAGGCGGAGACAAAUGUGGACACGGGGUUCACAGUGGUCAGUUCUGAACCGGGACAAUCUUUUCUGAGAAGAUUUCCCAGGGGUCUUUGCGCCAGCCAGCCGCCAUCUCACGUGCCAGCCUCCUCCCUAGGAGACGAUGUCUCCCAACACAACGGCACCAUUAAGGAAAGGGCCGGUAAUCUGUCACUUCCUGGCCAGAGGGAGCUGGGUACAAGGAAGAUCACCCCCCAAUACCCCCAUCACCUGUCAGCCCAGAGCGAAGAAAAACAAGAGGAGGAAUUCUUUAUAUAG